AUGGAUCAAGUAACACCUACACAGAUGAUCAAACAUCACUGGCCGGAUGAAGUGAUUUCUCGGUUCCCGAAAGCUAUUGUUUUGACCGUAGCCCGAUUUUAUAAGCCACAUAUCGAUGGGAUUACUAAUGAUCGUCAUCGAGCCUGGACACGCAACAAAAUCACUCGAGUUGUCAACAAGUAUAAUGAACUACUGAUGGGCCCUGUGCCCGAUACUUGCAAGUCAUAUACUUACAAGUUCUUGACCGAGAAUGCCGAUACAUGGAUUCCCAAAUCCCGUUCGAUCACAGACCAUCCCUUUAUGCCACAGAUACGCGAUUCCAAAACGGCGUCUUUUCCAAAGUGGCUGGUCAUUAGUACUCUAUGGCCUCGCUUUAAGCUGAUGGCACCUCUUGUACCCAUGAUGUCUGUUUGGUGGGGAGUCAGUUUCCCUCCUACUGGACUCUUCUACCCUCCUGCCAGCUACUACAGUGUAGAGAGGUAUGAGCGACUGUUCGAGGGUGACCAAAUGGAGAACACCCAGAGCAAGGACGAUUUGUUCAUAGCUCAUACGCAGCAAAAAUCUGAAGUCGAAGUCGAGCCUGGAACCCCUUCUCUGGAGAAGACGAACGACGCUCCUUCUUCCCAACCAGCAUCUCGGAAUGAAACUACUGGUUACUCGGCUAUGGCUCCCGAGUUGAUCACUGAGACCUUCGAGCCCAUUAUCGAAGAUUCAGCUUCGUUGACUGAUACAAAUAGCUCCAACAGCGUUGUGGAUGCCGAACCCAUGGAUACGCCACAGAAUCAGAACUCGCCGGAACCCCAAGCUGUUGUCUACUACGAUCAGCUCGUGAGAGAUCUUGAGAAGCAGCUGGAUGAAGCAAAGGCCAACCAGCAGCACGCUCAAAGAAUAGCCUGGCACAAAGGUCAAGCUGAGCAUCACAUGCAGCAGUGCGAAUACCAUACCCGCAAAUUGACGAGGAUGUAG